AAAUCCACCACCAAACACUCCCAAAUUACCAGAAGAAUAAUUUCCACCGUAGAAAUCCAAUCGCAAACCAAUCCAUUUUUCUUUUUCAUUCGAGCGAUUAAUUUAGAAAUCGAGAGACGAAAUUGAUCGAGGAACAGAAAUGGUGAAUCCGCGAACAGACAAGCUGCUGAGAAGAACAACUAUGGUGGCCACGGUUACUGCUUCAUACUUUCUCUUAACCGCCGACUAUGGCCCUCAACCCAAUUUUCUCGAUCCCAUCCAAAAGUUUAUACUGUCAGCAGAAAGUUCUGUUAAGGGUUUCAUCUUUGGAUCAAAUAAUCAAUCUCAAGAAAGUCAAAGAGAGAAGCUGGGCUCCAAUGGUGUCAAGGACCAACCGUAAUACAUAGACCCCCAGGUUUAGUUACGGUUUUAUGUGUGUGUAUAUCUUGAAUCUGCAGUUUUUUUAUUAUACAUUUCCUAAAACUUAGGUUGAGAUAGAGCAUGGGUAGACCUUUUUGUUGAAGUCAAAUAGUGCAGUUUGUCAGAUGCUGAGAUGUUUAAUGAAUUGGUUAUUACCAAUAUCGUCAAGCAUUAAUUUCAGAGCUUCAAAUUACUUACCUAAAGCAUAUUUUCGGGUCAGUUGUGGGUUCAUUGUCUUCCUUUGAUUACUUAAGAAGGCAUCUGAUGACUGAUGUUAUAUUCAGGUUCUUUAUGAAAGAUCUCCUAUAGUUGUCCACAAAUCCUGUAAAAAGAAAUUAACAUUAUUCUGUUUUCGGAGUUUGGGAGUUUCACUCUCACAUUUGAAUUUCUAGACCACCUAUUCUCCUGAUGUGAUUUUGUGCUGAAAUGGAGGAUGGCUAUCCUAAACACUUUUGGAAUUUAAUGGUGCUUCCCCAAAACAAUCAAAGAGCCUCUUAUUCAGACUUUACGUGGGAAACCUUUCAAAGGAAAGAGAGAAAUUCUUUGGAACAAUGUUAUCAAGGUCUUCCUUGAGAAUUUUGGCUAGAAAUAAAUAGAACUUUUCAAGAUAGUUGUAUGGACGACUACUUAUUUUGGGCAAGGGUGGUAGCCCAAGAUUGGAAAUGAAGUUUUCUUUGUAAAACA